AUGGAAAACAGCCCCUCACCCAGCGCCCGGGCUCUCUGCUGCUGUCUCUCCGUGUCCGGGGGCUCGGGGCGCUCACAGCCCGAGGAGGAGGAAGGGGGUGAAGAUGACGUGUCGCCGGAUCUUAGGAGGCGCCUGUCCGGUGCUGUGUCCUACACUGUUGUGGUCUCCUCCUCCUCCUCCUCCUCGCACGGCGAGAGCGCCGAGCCGCCGGACACGGGAAGCACACCCUCCCCCUCCACGCUGUCUGUGAGCACCAGCACAGUGGAGACCCCCGGAGACCCUGCGGACUGCCAUCGCUGUCCCCAGUGCGGGAAGACCUUCAGCAGUCGCACCAACCUGCGCACGCACCAGCGCACCCACAGGGGCAAGAGGCCGCACUGCUGCUCCUACUGCGGCAAGUGCUUCGGGCGGCUGGAGACGCUGAGGACGCACCUGCGCCUGCACACGGGGGAGAAGCCCUACUCCUGCCCCCAGUGCGAGCUGCGCUUCACCAACCUGGGCAACCUGAACUCCCACCAGCGCACGCACACGGGCGAGCGGCCGCACAGCUGCUCCCUGUGCGGGAAGACCUUCAGCGCCGUCGGCACGCUGAAGCGCCACCAGCGCACGCACACGGGGGAGACCCCCUACUCCUGCUCCCAGUGCGGCAAGAGCUUCAGCCAGUCGGGCCACCUGAAGCGGCACCAGCAGAUCCACACGGGCGAGCGGCCGCACUGCUGCUCGCUGUGCGGCAAGAGCUUCACCACCUCGGAGAAGCUCAAGCGGCACGAGCGCAUCCACACGGGCGAGCGGCCCUACUGCUGCUUCCAGUGCGGCAAGAACUUCAGCACCCUGGGCUACCUGAAGACGCACCAGCGCUUCCACACCGGCGAGCGGCCCUACUGCUGCUCCCACUGCGGGAAGAGCUUCAGCCUGCUGGGGCCCCUGAAGGCCCACCAGCGCACCCACACGGGCGAGCGGCCCUACUGCUGCCCCCAGUGCGGCAAGACCUACACCGAAGCCCAGAACCUGAAGAAGCACCUGCGCACGCACACGGGGGAGAGGCCCUACUGCUGCGACUACUGCGGCCUGACCUUCCGGCUCAAGGCGCAGCUGAGGAAGCACCUGUGCGUCCACGGGGGGGACGCCUCGCUCCCAGAGCCCCCGGCCGCCGCCGCCGCUGGGGGCGCGCCCCUCGUCUGAGACCAGGCCGCGGCGGCGUAGCCGGUCCGUCCGGGUGCGGUGCCCGCAAGCCUAGCCACCACUGAGCAUCCCGGAGUCUGCGUCGUCUCCCUGCUGCAGCGGGUCUUGCCUUCUGAGAAGAGCGGGGUUUGCGAGCUCGCAUCCAGCUGUGCCACCGCCGUCGAGUGCGUGCCGAGUUGCACGAGGCUGCGUUUGGGCAAAGCACACGUUUCUCACAAUACCCCCCUUGGUGUAUGCAAAGACGAUGUACUCGAGUGUCUUCUUGUUUAUUUAAAAGCGUGGCA